ACAGGCAGCUAUUUCAGCGUCAAUUCACCAGCAUUAGAGAAAAACUUGUCCUACAAUUAAACUCGGUUGUUCCAACAUCCAAUUCUACUAAUCUGCACCCCUCAGCCACCUUCAACAAAAUGCAGCCAAUGCUCAAGCUCUAGGCUCCAACAAUGGCGAGUUGCUUCCACUCGGGACGCAGCAUCAAUGGAGAACACGACUCAGUCAUUCUCUUCUCAACUUCCAAUUCUCCUGAAGGAUCAUCCACCAGCCCUUCCUCUUCUUCUUACCACUCACCACCACCGCAUUCAAAACCUUCACACAAACUGACGGUGAGAAACCUUUCCUACACAAUUCACUUCAAAGGAUCGAUCCCUUUUUCCUUCUUUCAGCAAAAGAGGCCUAAGCCUGUUGAGGUACUUAAAUCGGUCGGAUUCGUCGCGCGAAGCUCCGAGAUUGUUGGAAUCGUCGGUCCGAGUGGCACCGGGAAAUCGAGUCUUCUUAGGAUAAUAUCGGGGAGGGUACAUGACAAGGAUUUUGAUCCGUGUAGCAUCUCCAUUGAUGAUCAUUUGGUGACCAGUCCUGCUCAGUUGAGGAAGAUAUGUGGAUUUGUGGCACAAGAGGAUGAUUUGCUUCCUUUACUUACUGUAAAAGAAACGUUGACAUUCAGUGCCAAGUUCAGGCUCAAAGAGAUGAGCUCGAAAGAGAAGGAACAAAGGGUUGAGAGCUUGAUGCAAGAGCUUGGCCUUUUACAUGUUGCCGAUAGUUUUGUUGGCGAUCAUGAACAUAGAGGGAUCUCUGGCGGAGAACGAAAAAGGGUCUCGAUCGGUGUCGAUAUGAUCCACGAUCCUCCGAUUUUACUCCUCGACGAACCGACUUCCGGCCUUGAUAGUUCUUCAGCUCUGCAUGUGAUCGAACUUCUUGCUUCCAUGGCCAGAGCUAGGGGAAGAACGGUUCUACUUUCGAUCCAUCAACCGAGCUAUAGAAUUCUCGGAUUCAUUUCUAAGUUUUUGGUUCUGUCUCAUGGAUCCGUUGUUCAUAAUGGUAGUCUCGAGUUGCUAGAGGAAAACAUACAGAGAUUAGGAUUUCAAAUCCCGAUUCAAUUGAAUGCUCUAGAGUUUGCAAUGGAAAUCAUGCCUGCACUCGAGACAUCGACCUCCAAAUUCUCUGUUGUACAAGACAAGGACUCGUACAUAUGGUCCGACGACGACGACGACGACAACGACAAACGAAUGAUGAGGUUUCGGUUCUCAUCAAACAUGCUCGAAAUCAUGAUUCUUUGCUCCAGAUUCUGGAAGAUCAUAUACAGAACAAAGCAGCUGUUCUUAGCAAGAACAAUGCAAGCAAUCGUGGGUGGAUUCGGAUUAGCAAGCGUAUACAUAAAAGUAAAGCGAGACGAAGAAGGGAUCACCGAAAGAUUAGGCUUAUUCGCAUUUAGUCUAAGCUUCCUCCUUUCGUCCACAGUCGAAGCACUCCCCAUAUACCUCCAAGAACGUCGAGUCCUAAUGAAAGAAGCCUCAAGGGGAGCCUACAAAAUCUCCUCCUACAUGAUCGCCAACACCAUCGUCUUCAUGCCCUUCUUGUUCAUCGUCUCGAUCCUCUUCGCCAUCCCGGUGUAUUGGAUCGUAGGCCUCAACCCUUCGAUUCCGGCUUUUGCGUUCUUCACAUUCAUCGUCUGGCUCAUAAUCCUAAUGGCCAGCUCCCUCGUACUCUUCCUCAGUGCAAUCUCGCCGGAUUUCAUCUCCGGGAAUUCACUCAUUUGCACGGUGUUGGGAUCAUUUUUUCUCUUCUCGGGCUAUUUCAUCCCCAAAGAUAACAUCCCGAAGUAUUGGCUGUUCAUGUACUAUGUGUCACUGUACAGGUAUCCGUUGGAUGCGAUGCUGACGAAUGAGUAUUGGGGGAUGAGAAAUGAGUGCUUCUCGAGGGGAGUUUCGGGAUGUUUGAUGACGGGGAAGGAUGUUCUUAAGAGCAGGGGGCUUGACGAGGACUCGAGGUGGAUGAAUGUUGGUGUCAUGCUUGCUUUCUUUGUCUUGUAUCGUGUGUUUUGUUGGAUCAUUCUCGCUCGAAAGGCUUCAACCACAACCAUAUAGAAUUAUAUGUACAAUUUCCCACAUAUAUGUAUUGU